UCGGAAGUUCCAUCCUCAAUAAUCAUUCAUAUUCUGUUAUUUCAUCCUCGCUCGUUACGAUGGGAAGCAAAGGCGAGAACAAAACGAGGAAACCAAGGUUCCUAUGCCUUCAUGGGUUCCGAACAAGCGCAGAGAUACUCAAGAAACAGAUACACAAGUGGCCUCAAUCCGUGCUAGACAACCUCGAUCUUGUCUAUGUGGAUGCCUCUUUUCCUUGCCAAGGCAAAUCUGAGGUUGAAGGCCUCUUUGAUCCUCCUUACUACGAGUGGUUCCAGUUCAACAAGGAGUUUACAGAGUACACCAACUUUGAUGAGUGCUUGCAAUACAUUGAGGAUUGCAUGAUCAAGCAUGGACCUUUUGAUGGUCUUCUUGGUUUCUCACAGGGGGCAAUCUUAUCGGCUGCGUUGCCGGGUCUUCAGGAGAAGGGCGUGGCACUCACGAAGGUUCCAAAAGUGAAAUUCCUGAUAAUAAUAGGAGGGGCAAAGCUUAGGUCACCUUCGGUGGCUGACAAAGCAUAUUCUUCCCCCAUUGGCUGCGCCUCCCUCCACUUUCUGGGGGAGACUGAUUUUUUGAGGCAGUAUGGGAAUGAACUACUAGAAUCCUGUGUUGAACCCGUGGUGAUUCAACACCCCAAAGGACACACAAUACCAAGAUUAGAUGAUAAGAGCUUGGAGACCAUGAUGAAUUUCAUCGAAAGAAUUCAAAAAGAUAUCUGAAAAUAAGUAAUGAGUUUAGACGAAGACCCAAUUCUUCAAAAUGUUUUUUUUUUUUUUUUUUUAAACAAAUUUUCAUUUUAGCAUAAAUUAAUAGCUUUACUCCUUGUACUUUCAUCCGAUUCUGCCACUGUUUUAUUCU